AUGACGGACGCAGCGCUCUUGAGCUUGGAGCGCGACGUCUUCCUGCGCGUCUUCGCCUCGGACGCCAAGGUCUCCGAGUUCGUCUUCAUGGAGAUGAAGGCCCUCGCGAAGAAGAUCGCGACGAAGCAAGCGAUCCCGGUCGGCUUGCCCGAGAACCUCUUGACCAUUGUGGCCCGCGUCCUCGCCGCGGACGAGGCGCCGAUCGACCAGCUCGUGCAGCGUGGCGUCUUCUCGCUCUCGCGCCUUCUCGUCAUGUGCUCGGUCUACGCAGAGAGCAACGUACAGGCCAUGCAAUGGGUCGUCGAGCGCCUCUUUGCCCGCGCGCCGCGCCUCAAGGAGCAAGUGCCGAUGCUGCAUGCCGUCUUCUACCAGGCGCUGGCCGAGCUGCAUGGGCGCGUCAAUACGCUCAAGGACGCCGACGAGGCGGCCACGGAGCUUCUGGAGCAGCUACAGGACAUUGCGCAGUCGGUCGAAGCACUCGGCGCAUGCUCGCCAACGUUCCUCGACGUACUGACGCCGCCGGGACAACCGCUGGCCCAAGCGUUUGACGGCAACACGCUCUUGCACGCUCUCCUCGUCGCGUACGAAUGCGAUCUUCCGAUGCUCGAGCAGAUGAAUGGCGACACGCACUCGGUCCGCAUGCUCGUCGGGAAGACGCGCCACCACCUCGUCACCUUGCUGGACCACUGGCUCGAACACCACGUGCUUUCGGUGUUGCGAAGUCGAUCGCCGCAGGCGGACGAGGCCUGCGAGACGCUCUUCUCGCUUCUCGACGUGCUUUUGCAUGGCAACGCGGCGCCGGCCAUCGUCACGCAGCACGGCUCGCUGCUCUCGGACUACAACCAGUGCUUCGAUCUGACGCGGAAUUGCGCGAGUGUGUUUGCGGCCGCCGGUAUCGACAGCACGCGCGCCGAGUACCUUGGUAUGAUGCUCAACGGUCUGCCCGUACGCGCAGUGCCCGCCCCAGCCCAGCCCACGUCAAUGGCGGCACCGCCGAUGCCUGCCGUCGACGUCGACACGUUAGCGCUCAUCGCGCAAGUCCGAGAUGUCUUCCCGGACCUUGGCGAUGGCUUUUUGGAGCUCUGCCUCAAAGCGUGCAAGCACCAAGCCGACAAUGUCAUCAUGGCGCUCCUCGAAGACGCUCUUCCCGCCGAGGUGGCAUCGCUCGAUCGUCACAUGACCACGUCGGACCCAGCAUACGUGGCGAUGACGACUCCCAAGCCGACGGCGACCGUCGACAAGACGCAAGUUUGGGUCGGAAAGAAGAAGCAAGCAGCCACCUACAAGGCCGAGAGUGCCAAAGAAGAUGCGGCGACGGCCGCCAAGACACAGGCGCUCAUCAUGGCGUACGACGAAGAACCACCGCUGUGGAUGGACGCGCCCACGACCAACGAGUACAACGACGACUACAACGACGAGCUCGAAGAAUACGAGCCGUUCGGCGUCCACGACGACGAGCCGACCGACUUUGAAGAGAUCAAGGCGCGCAACAAGAUGGUCCGUGCCCAGGAAGCCGAGGACGCGUACUGGGAAAGCAUGCGCAACAAGAACCACGCGACGGCAGUCUCGACGGCAGAGAAGGGCGAGGACGAGGCCAAGCCGCCGACGCAAGGCCGCCGCACGACCAAGGCCAAGAACGGAGCGAUCGUCGCCGAAGACAAGACGGCGUCGGAGGACCCGAAGAAGCAAAUGAUCAACCGGGCGCGCAAGGAGCACAACAAGGCCAAAGUGGGCAACCACCACCGCAAGGAAGGUGCCCGGCGAAAGCAGGCCAAAGGCAUGGCGUAG